AUGGAGUACGAUUCCAGAAUGUUAGCACCAGAAGUAGGCGCAGACCACUUCUCCGUUGCAAAAGUCCACGCCAUAUUCAGAGGGAACUCUCUUCCUGGCACAGAUGAAAUUAAGGUAAAAAAUCCACCGUCACCUCCAAAGGUAUGCUCUACUGCUGGCUCUUGUUCUUCAGAGGUAAUGAAUACCAAGACUGCCAUCAAAGAGCACACUGUUUGCAUACCAAACUGUCUGGAUCAGGAAAUCAAAGUUCUCGAAAAGAUCUGUAACAUUCUACGUACUGAUUCUCUGGCAGAAGUUCUGCAGUGGCUGCUCCGUGCAAGUUCAAAAGAAAAGGAGUGGCUCUCAGCUUUGAUUCAUGCUGAACUGGCUGAGAUAAACUUGUUAACUCCCCUCAGAAGAAACGCCUCAGCGGAACUAGCAGCAGAGACCAGCAGGCCACCCAAAGUUAAAUCACCCUCAGAUUCACCAGCAAAAUCAGAAGUGCUAACCAGUUCUAGGGAAGGACGUCAACAGAGCAGAGUGUCAAGUCAAGGAUCUGAAGGAAAUAAGGAAGUCCUGAAAGAGGCUGAGCACAAGCUUCCACUGUUUAUAAGAAGAACUAAGAUGAAAAUACCCAUUGCGGAAUAUUUCAGCAAGCCAAAGUCUCUUCCCAGGCCUAAAACUCAAGAGAGCAUAUCAACAAAACGAAUAUAAGUGAGGAGUAUACAGCAAGGAUACAGUCUCUCUCCCCAGAGAGCAUUUUAUCCUGUAACACACCAAAGGUAG